CGCUCUUUAAUUGAUAUUUCGACACGACCUUUGCCUUAUAUUACAACGUCAUUUAGAUUACCUUUUAAAAUAAAAUGUCAAAUUAAGUUGUGCUGCUUUCACAAAACCCGGAAAAUCAAAUUAGCUAACAUUUAGUCAGAUGUCAGUGAUGUGGACAGUCAAAGUGGUGGGUCUGGGUGUUGUUGGCUUCACUGUCAGUGUGGAGCUGCUGGGCUGGCUCCUCCGUCGCCUCAGGCCUGUAAGACAACCCCUGAAAGAGGUCAUCUUCUUCCCCUCAGAGGUGGCCUGUGUGGAGCACAUCUUCACUCCCGGUAAAGCAAAUUCAUGUUUCUGCCCCUUGCGUCAUGGUGUAGACACGUCGUUCUCUCGUCUUCUCCGCCACCUCAUGUCUGCCUCCUCCUCUCUGGACCUGUGUAUCUUUGCUUUUUCCAACAUGGACCUGAGCAGGGCCGUAGUAGCUCUGCACAGCAGGGGCCUAACCAUCCGCGUUCUUACAGACAAAGACUACGUGGCCGUCAGCGGCUCCCAGAUUGGGGUCCUCCGCAAGGCUGGGAUCUGUGUGCACUGCGUGUCGUGCACCAUGUACAUGCACCACAAGUUUGCAGUGGUGGAUGGACGGCUGCUGAUCACUGGCUCCCUCAACUGGACGCUGACGGCAGUGCAGAAAAACAAUGAGAACGUUAUUGUCACUGAGGAGCCAGACCUGCUCCGACCUUUCAUCAAGGAGUUCCAGAGGUUAUGGGAGGAGAAUGACCCAGCCAGGUGCCACCAGUCUAACGGUGUCCAACCCACCACCCCCCCGGCCUCCAGUGGGCUGGCAACCAUGAGCCUCUGACUUAGUCAAAAUCAUGUACCUGCAGCAUGAAUCAUCAGAACAUCGCAAUAAUUUUACAGACAGAGUAGGAAAGGGAAUUUAUUGUGGCUGCUCGGAGUGCAGAUUUGCUCUUUUUCCAGCUAAUGGGCUCUUAAACGCCAAAGUGAGCUUUAUUUCAUUGUAACACUAAUACAUGGUAUCCAAAAAAUGGGCCCUUCGGCUUGCAUCAUCUCAUUUGAUUCUGUGUGUCUACAAAACGGCUUGUGGAUUUGUCUGUCUCUAAUAUGGUUCAGCUUCUUCCUAGCUUUGAUAGACUUUUUUUUAUGUUAACACAAAAACAAAACUAUCCAAGAGGAUAGCCAUUUCAUAAGAUUUGAUGUUAGUUUCUCAUUAUUGUUAUUAUUUUAUUUUAUUAUUUAUGUAUUUUUUUUUACCUUCUUAUAUUUCUUUAUCAGAAUUGGUCUGGCUUUCGUUUGACACUGUGAUGAACUGUGGUGUGAUCAGGCUGGCAAGUCCUCGGUCAGCAGUUAAAGAAGAGUUCCUCAUUCUUAUGUGUUUGAUUAUUGUUAGUUUCCUUAUAUUAACAUAAAAUCAAUCCCUGUUGAGUACAGAUCGUGGAGGUAUAUUGCUGGAGCAUUGUCUGGUGUAGGGAUGCACAUAUACACUAAGCCUUGUUCUGAAUACACUUGUAUACCAGCUAAAGUUCCUGAUUGUUUAUCAGUUUUGGAUUUCGAGCCUUAAUCCAGGCCAGUAACUAAAGAGGUGAUCAAAUUUCUGCAGUUUUGUAUUAAAUAUGUUUGUGUUAUGACUGCAUAUUGAUAGUAUUUUGUAUGUAGAUGAUGUUGGAUAUUCUUCUAGUUUACAGUUUCUAGAUUUUUAAGAUCUCCUUUGAUAAGACUGAAUGGAUCUUUCUACAUUGACAUCACGGAGUCCAGCCAUUUUUUAUGUAUCUUUUCUUCUUAGAAAAAAUGGAAGAGGUUUUGGACAAGUUCAAUAUCUCUUGUGAAAUCUACCCAUAGUUCAUCUUGUUUACAACUAGGAAUUAUAAUGAUGGUGUAAAUCCAUUGUACUGUACUGAGUGUUACUGCUGUCUCAGGGACUAUUCAGCCAAGCAGCAGUAAAAAAAAAAAAAAAGAAAGAAAGAAAUCACUUUCAUCCACUCCACUGCAGUUUUGGCAGAUCUGUUGCAUCAGUGCCCCACA